AUGGACUGGCAGCAGAAAGCACAGCGCAAACGAGACGAACUCACGGCCAAAAUACCCCCAGAAUGGCGGGUUAAGCCUGAGCUGCUGGAAAAGGCUUCGUCGCAGGACAAUAUCCUUGAUAUUCCCCGCCAAACCGGUAUCCUGACGGAGCGUGAGCUCGACAUAACAGAGACCCCAGAUGCUACUGCUUUACUUGCACGCCUUAGGACCGGCGAGGUCAGCGCCUACGAUGUCGCAAAAGCAUUUUGCAAACGGGCGGCUAUUGCUCACCAGCUAACGCGCUGUCUGACGGAGAUAUUCUUCGAUCAGGCCCUCGAGCGCGCGAAGGAACUGGACCGUCAAUAUGCGGAAACUGGUGUGCUUACUGGGCCUCUCCAUGGGAUUCCUAUUAGUUUGAAGGACUCUUUCAAUGUUAUCGGGGUUCAGUCUACGCUCGGCUAUGUUUCGUUCCUGGACCGACCUGCACUGACAUUCAACAGUCCCAUGGUGAAUAUCCUGAUUGAGGCUGGCGCAGUUAUGUACGUGAAGACUCACCUGCCCCAAACUAUGAUGACUGCCGACUCCCAUACGAAUGUCUUUGGUCGGACUCGCAAUCCGUACGGACGCAAUUUGACGGCCGGGGGUAGCUGCGGGGGCGAGGGUGCUCUGAUAGCAAUGCGUGGCUCUAUUCUGGGAGCUGGAACUGAUGUUGGGGGUUCGCUCCGCAUUCCCUCGCUGUGCUGCGGCACUCGGGGAUUUAAACCUUCUGUUGGGAGACUUCCAUUUGCCGGUCAGACACCUCCUGGACGGGUUGGCCUUGCGGGUGGAAUCGCAGUCAGCACCGGACCGCUUUGCAACUCUGUGCGCGAUGCAGACUUGUUUUUCAGAACGGUCGUCUCGUCUCAUCCGGAGAAUUUGGACGACAACUCCCUUGGAUUCCCGUAUAUCGAGCCACCGAAGUUAGAAUCGCCGCUGACUAUCGGAGUCUUGCCGGAGGAUCCGGCAUUUCCUCUCCACCCUUGUAUGCAGCGAACUAUAGCCGCCGCCACCCGCAAGCUUGCCGCGUCUGGCCAUCGAAUUGUAAAUCUUCCUGCAGAUGAGAUUCCGUCUCUGGCAGAUGCUUGCGACUUGGCCUUCCGCUUCUUCAAUAUGGAUCCGGACCGCACCCCGUUGCGCAAUGUGUCCAACGGAGGAGAACCGUGCAUUCCGUCGCUCGGUAUGAUAUACAAUGUCGAAGGAACCGAUCCCGAGCCCACCUUGCGCGAGCUGUAUGAUUUGAACAUCGCCAAGGCACAAGUUGCCACGAAGAUGCGGCAGGCCUGGUUGAAGAGCGGCGUUGAUGUGGUCUUGGCCCCUGGCUACCAAAGCUGCGCGCCUCUCAACGAUACGUAUGGCAAGAUUAUCUACACGGUUAUCUGGAAUAUGGUAGAUUACCCUGCUUGUGUAAUCCCAUUCGGACACGCGAAUCGGGCUGCUGAUGCUGAGUUUGUGCGCGACGUGGCGUAUACUCCUGAAUACAACCCCGAGGAGGUCGAAGGAGCACCCUGCCAUCUGCAGUUGGUUGGGAGGCGGCUGAAGGAUGAAGUCUUACUCCAGCAUGCGAAAGUAGUCGAGAAGGUGCUGACCGAGUAGGCUAAAAGGCCGAAAUUCCGGAAUACCGGCAAGGAUUUACCAUAUUAGUCUGCAGGAACGGAUUACUUUAAUAAAACUGUUUUGGAUAUCCCGCCCUUGUUCAGGGGUAUAAGUUCGCUUCGGCUGGUUCGAUUGUUCCCUUUUCUCUGCCAACACCCUAUACGUGUUACACAGAGUCUGCUUUUAAUGCAAGGGGGGAGCAAUAAAUGAACCAGCAGUUACUCCAAUUCAAGCGUCCAAGACUCUUGGGUCGUAGCACCCCGCGAGAGCCAGAGAGAAUGCGAUCUACAGCCAAG